AUGAAAACGCAGACGAGUUCUCGGGGCUUAAACCCAGAAGCCCCCGAGUUUUUCCCAGCAAGAAACCCCCUCAUUUCGGCUCCGAGUCACCAUCCCUUUUACUCUUUCCUUCAUUACCAAACCCUAUAUUCAUGGCCUUACUUCCCUUAUCACCACACCGCGGCGGUUUCCGGCCCUUACCCGUCUUCCAAACCGUUGACGGUGGCUCAAGAGAUGGUGCCCAGCCGGAGGAGAAGCAAAGAUAAGCCUUGUCUGAGGAGUGGAGGGCAUGGAAAAGAAGGGUUUGUUAGGGCUAAGCUUAGUGGUAAUGGUACUGUAUACAGAAAGAAGGUUAAAGCUCGGGAUGGUAAAAGCAAAGGCGAGAAGCGUCCACUGAUUCCACUGAGAGACGAUGGGAAAGAGACGACGGUUAUGAUCAAGAACAUACCCAACAGAUACACACGAGAGAUGUUGAAGGAUUUCCUCGACCAGCAUUGCAUGGACAUGAACAGAAAGUAUGGUGUUGCAGAUGAUGAACCUUCGUUCUCGGCCUUUGAUUUCUUGUACCUUCCGAUAGACUUUACCACGAAAUCAAACAAGGGCUACGCGUUUGUUAACUUCACAAACCCUAGAGCUGCCAGAAGGUUUCUCGAUGCAUGCCAUGAUGAACUUUGGAAUUGUUUCCAGUCAACCAAGAUUCGUGAAAUAUAUUGUGCUAAACUCCAGGGGAUGGAAGAGCUUGUUGGGCACUUCGAGAGGAUGGGGUUUCCGUGUGAAGAGUUUCAGCCGGUAAGGUUCUAUCCGGCACGUGAUGGUUCGAAGCAAAGGGUGGAAGAAGCCCUAGUUGGAAGAUUGAUCCACAGUCCAUAA